UUCCAUGGCAGCCGUUUGGGUCCAUCACUCCCGUUGACUGUUUCCCCGUAUAAGCAAAACAUAUCUUGCAAUAUCUCACCUUCCUUAAUUUCCUUUCAUUUGAUCUUCCAGUAUUGCUAUCUCAUUUUGCUCUGCGGUUUGCAAUCACCUUCCUUCAUUUCUUCCAUUAAUACAAGCCAGAAAACAUGGCUGAGGCCUUGGGAGGAGCGGUUCUCUCCGCCUUCCUCCAAGUGUUAUUUGAUAAGAUGGUGACUCCAGAGUUAGUGGACUUCUUUCGGCACCGCAAGCUCAACAAAGGAGUCUUGGAGAAGUUGAAGAUAGCAUUGUUGUCCGUAAAUGCACUGCUUGAAGAUGCGGAGGAAAAACAACUUACAAAGCCUGCUGUGAAAGUGUGGCUCGAUGACUUGAAAGAUGCUGUCUAUGAUGCGGAAGACGUCUUGGACGAGAUAGCCACUGAAGCUUUGCAACGUAAGUUGGAUGCUGAAUUUCAAACCAUUGCCAAUAAGGUACAAAACUCUGUCUCUACUUUUCUUAGUCAUUUUGUCAGGGAGAAAGGGCAAAAGAUGCAAGAUAUACUUGACAAACUAGAAUAUCUAGCCAAAAAAAAGGAUUUUCUAGGUCUGAAAGAAGGUAGUGGAGGAAAACAUGAAAGAUGGCCCACGACUUCUUUGGUUGAAGAAUCUAGUAUUUUUGGUAGGGAUGAUGAUAAGGAAAAAAUAAUAAACUUGUUGCUCUCAAAUAAUAUUGAUGAGAGCGACAAUGGAAAUUUUUGUGUCAUUCCCAUAGUGGGCAUGGGGGGAAUUGGCAAGACCACCCUUGCUCAGCUUGUAUACAAGGACGAGAGAGUGAAGGAGCAUUUUGACCUUCAAUUAUGGGUAUGUGUUUCAGAUGUUUUUGACGUUUUGGGUAUAACUAAAACAAUUCUAGAGGCAUUGACUUUGUUAACUUGUGAUAUGAAAGAUCUAAAUUUGUUUCAAGUUGCGCUACAACAGAAAAUGACUGAGAAGAAAUUCCUACUUGUUUUAGAUGAUGUUUGGAAUGAAAAUUAUGCUGACUGGGAGGUCUUGAGUAAUCCAUUUAAAUCUGGGGCACCAGGAAGUAUGGUCAUUGUAACUACACGCAAUGACAGUGUUGCAUCAAUCAUGAACGCUCUUUCAACUGAUCAUCUAAAGCCGUUACUGGAAAAAGAUUGUUGGUCACUAUUUGCAAAAUAUGCAUUCCACGAUGACAACUUUGAUACACGUCGAGAGCUAGAAGUAAUAGGUAGACAAAUUGUGAAAAAGUGUGAAGGUCUACCUUUAGCAGCCAAGACAAUUGGGGGUCUCUUGCGAUCUAAACUAGAUGUUGAUGAAUGGGAGAGGAUAUUGAAGAGCGAAUUGUGGGAUUCGUCAUUUGACAAGACAAAUAUUCUUCCGGCUCUAAGAUUAAGUUACAAAUAUCUUCCACCACAUCUAAAACAAUGUUUUGCUUAUUGUUCAAUUUUUCCUAAGGAUUGUGUAUUACGAAAAGAUGAAGUAAUCUUAUUAUGGAUGGCAGAAGGUUUCUUAGAAGAAACUAACAACAAAAGAAUGGAGGAGGUUGGUGAAGAUUACUUCCUUGGUUUGGCAUCAAGAUCAUUGUUGGAACAAUCAAGCGGCAAGAAAUCAGGUUUUGUAAUGCAUGAUCUUGUGAAUGACUUGGCAAAAUUUGUGUCUGGGCAAUUUACCUUUAGAUUGGAGGUUGAUUGUUUGCACGGAAUUAUGAAUAAGACUCGUCAUUUGUCAUAUUUCAGAAACGAAAACGGAUUUGAUAACUUUAAGAAGUUUGAGGUCCUGUACGAGGCUACUCGAUUGCACACAUUCUUGCCAUUGGAGUUGUCACCAUCGGAAAAUUACUUCUUCUACUUAACAAAAAAAGUACCACUUGAUUUAUUGCCAAAUCUAACAUGCUUACGGGUACUCUCUCUAUCUCACUAUCGAAAUAUGAUCGAGUUGCCUGAAUUAAUUGGCAAAAUUAAGCAUCUACGUUAUUUGAACCUUUCUUCCACUACAAUUAAAAGGUUGCCUGAUUCCAUAUGUAAGUUGUGCAAUUUGCAAACGUUGAAUUUAUCAGGUUGUAAAGAUCUUGCUGCAUUACCAAGAGAUAUGCGGAAACUCAUUAACUUACGUCAUCUUGAUAUUAGCGGAACUGCCAUAAAGGAGAUGCCAAUGCAGCUGAGUAGUCUAAAAUGUCUACAAACAUUAACUAAAUUUAUCAUCAGCAAACAUAGUGGGGCUUCCAUUGAAGAGUUGGGGGAACUUGCAAAUCUCCGAGGAAGGCUUUCUGUUUUAGAGCUCCAAAACGUUGUAUCUCAUACUGAUGCUUUGAAAGCAUGCUUGAAUGAUAGGAAGUACCUUGAGGAUUUGGUGUUGGAAUGGAAUGCAUUGGAUGCUAAUAUUUCAGAAUGUCAAAGAUCUGUACUGGACAAUCUUCGGCCCCAUUGUAACUUGAAAAGUCUCACUAUCAACAACUAUUGCGCCGAAAGUCUUUCGGAUUGGGUUGGGCAUCCUUCAUUCUCUAAUAUGGUGUCCCUUUGCCUAGAAAAUUGUAAACAUUGUUUCAACUUGCCACCACUUGGGCAGCUACCCUCUUUGCAGAACCUCUCUAUUGUUGGCUUUGAAGGAGUUGUUAAAGUGGGUUGUGAGUUUUAUGGCAGCAAUUCUUCAUUAGUUAAGCCAUUUGGAGCCCUGAAAGUUCUAAGGUUCGAGAAAAUGUUGAAGUGGGAGGUAUGGUUUUAUUUUGAUGCUGAAAAUGAAGGUGAAGCUUUUGCUCCACUUGAAGAGCUUUAUAUUGACGACUGCCCUAAUUUGACAGGGCGACUGCCCGUCCAUCUUCCUUCCUUGGCUAAACUUGAGAUUCAUAAAUGUCCGCUGCUGGUGGAUUCCCUCUCAAUGGCUCCUUCUAUACGUGAAUUGAGACUAAUACAAUGUAAAGAGAUUAUGUUGAAGGAAUUGCCCGCUGGAUUGCGGAAGCUCACUAUCGGAGGAUUUGGCCCACUGAAGUCCCUUCCCCGGGGACUAGCAGACUUCGACGGUAAUAUUCAAGAGUUAACUAUCUCAAACUGUAACAUGUUAAGGCUCCCUAGCUUUUCAUCCCUUGAAACGUUGCGAUUGUACGGAUGCGAUUCCCUCAAGUCAUUUCCAUUAGAUUUGUUCCCAAAGCUUUGCAGUAUAAGAAUCUCUAGGUGCAAGAAUUUGAAUUCUUUUACAAUUGCAGAACGGCAUCGGCGUGAUUUAGUGAUCUUACGUAUAUACAUAAAAAAUUGCCCUAAUUUUGUAUCUUUUCCGAAAGGAGGAGUUUGUGCCCCCGACCUUACAUUCUUUUGGGUCGAAGAUUGUGGAAGUCUGAGGUCGCUGCCAAAGAAGAUGCAUAUUCUCUUGCCUUCUCUCAAGUCUUUUUGUAUAAUUAAUUGUCCAGAAGUUGAAUUUUUGCCCAGAGGCGGCUUGCCUUCCAAUCUGGAACUUCUUAACGUCCAGAAUUGUGAAAGACUCUUUGCCGGUCGGAUGGGAUGGGGUUUGCAAAAACUCCUGUUUGUUAGAAAUUUGUAUAUCGGCAGCAAAUCUGAUGAUGUGGUGUCUUUUCCAGAGCAAGGGUUGCUGCCUUCCAGUCUAACUUAUCUUCACAUCUUGGGAUUUCUAAAUCUGAAAUCUUUGGACAAGAAUGGGCUUCAACACCUCACCUCUCUUCAAGGAUUGACGGUCCAUGACUGCCCUAAACUCAACUACAUGUCGGACGAGGGGUUGCCUCCGUCCCUUUCUUUUAUAAAGAUCAAAGAAUGCCCUUUGUUGAAGAAUUGGUGGCAAAGCAGGAAAAAAAUUCCCGACGUCGAUCACAUAGAGAUUGAUUAUGAAGAAUAUAUUGGAUGAGCCAAAAGCCUCGUCGAUCAUAGAUACACAUGAACCCUGAUUUUUGCUGUUCACAUAUCUGGUCAACAAGGAUGUCAUUGACCCAUUGUAGAAGUUCGGUGGGCUUGGUGGCGAUUGCUAGAAACAGAGGCCGGGAAUUAGAAUCCAUGAAUCUAAACAGAAUACUCAGUGGAUGUUGUACAAGUGCACCAAUACAAUUCCAGAGCAAUUACUAGAACAAGUCAAUGUUAUCGUGUAUGCUUCAGAAGCAGGAGGAAUUCUCUCAAGUAUUAACAAAAAGCCUCUCAGAUCUCUCCCUCAUGAUACACCUGAACAGAUCUUUGUUGUGAUUUUUUCUUUCUUUCUUUUUGUAAAGAUUUCUUCUCAUUAGUUGGGUCUUUGAGUUAAAAGAAAAAUGGAAGCCUCCUUUUGAAAUGAUGAUUCACCAAUAGAAGUCUUAUCUCACUCGUCUCCAAGAGGUGGAAGCUCGAUCACCUUAUAGUCAGAUUCAUCUCUCUAGCCUACACAUUCACUAUCAAAGGUCAAGAGGCAUCUCAGCCCUCCAGCUUGUUCAACAGCGUUUCCAGACAAGGGUCCCCAAAGAUCUAAUUGUCAUGUUGGUGACAUCCUUGGAUUGGCACUUUGCCCAUUUGGUUCUUCCUCAAAGAUGGCCCUAUGUUUUAAGGUGGUGAGCAUUCAGCAUGCAAACUUUAACCAAAGUUCUUAUUGGAGACAGGAAAAUGAAAAACUUUUCUUGAAGCUUGUGAAGAUCGAUCAUGUAGAGUUUGUGACUUGAUUUGAGGCAGCAGAUAUUUCGGUCCUCUAGAGAGCAGUGUGUGUGAAAGAAUACAGAAGAAGAAGAGAUCCUGAUACAGCUGUGUUUUCGGCAGUAUAUAGACUUGAGAGAAUGAAGUCAUUUUUGUCUCAUUUGUAUUCUUACUUUAAUCUCUUUUGUGGGAGCACGAGAUAUGGUCGGCUUUUGGGUCUAAGUUAUUCUCUCUUUGUAAUGUACUUUGUACUCCAACUUUUUGAUAGUGAAUUUUUU